GAGGUUGCAAACAAGUAAAACAAAUCUGCGAAGCUCCGAACUCCAUUCACCGCGAAAGAACUCCGCAGUCUCAGAUUGCAUUUUGAAUUGCAGCACUGGAAUCAGAGAAUCCCAUAUCCCUUGGGGACAUUGGAGAGAUACUUGAUCUGAAUUACAUCAACCCUUUUCCAUCGUACCAUAUUUGCGGUCCCAGUGAUCCAGCAAUGCAAUGUCUCUGCCCGGUUUAGAGCUGUCUGAACCGUCGGCGGAGUCGCAGUAUGUUCCCGCGCCGCCCACGCAGAUCAAUCUAUCAAGAGGAUCGGAGUGGAGAUUCGAAGUCGCGUUUGGAACGACAGUAAAGAUUAAGCUCCUAGAUGGCACCGCAGAGCUAUUUGGCACAGAGCUUGCCGCUUCACGAACAUACACUUUUACCGGCACAAAGGCUGCGAUAUAUACCUGGCAUGGAUGUACACUCGAGGUGAGCGCGGGGGAGGCACCUACUGCCACAAAUGGGUUCGCUUCAGGAACCACGAAUGGGGCUGCUCCUGGCCAAGGGACGGGAGGGUGUCAGAGUGAAUACACGGCGGAGGAGACACCCAUGGUGGAAUAUGCCAAUGUUCACUUUGCGCUGGAGACAAUGAGACAGGAAGCGAAAGCUGCAGGCAAGGAUGGACCCCGCGUUCUGAUCUUGGGGCCUGAGAAUGCGGGAAAGACGAGUCUGGCGAAGAUAUUGACGAGUUAUGCGACCAAGGCUGGGCGCCAGCCAAUUGUCGUGAAUUUGGAUCCAGCGGAGGGCAUGCUCAGUGUGCCGGGGACAUUGACAGCUACAGCUUUCCGGACAAUGAUUGAUAUUGAGGAAGGAUGGGGAAGCAGUCCGAUUUCUGGACCGAGUCCUAUCCCGGUCAAGCUGCCCCUAGUUUAUUUCUAUCCGAUGCAAAAUCCACUUGAUGCCGAUGGUAGCAUAUACAAGCCUAUUCUCUCCAGGCUAGCGCUCUCUGUGACGGGUCGGAUGGCGGAGGACGAUGAUGCUAGGGAGUCUGGCAUUAUCGUGGACACGCCUGGAAUCCUGAGCCAGGGCAAGCCAGGUGGAAUCGAGAUGAUAAACCAUAUUGUCACUGAGUUCUCUAUCUCGACCAUUCUCGUCAUCGGUUCUGAGCGUCUUUACAGCACCAUGGUCCGAAGCUACGACAACAAGCCAACAUCAAGCGCCUCCGCCGUGGCCUCAGAUGAACGCAUUUCAGUCAUCAAGCUAUCCAAAUCCGGUGGCUGCGUCGACCGCGACGCCACUUACAUGAAGUCCCUUCGUGAAGCUCAGAUCCGAGAAUACUUCUUCGGCAGCCCAAUCCCAUCCACGGGCUCAUCAGCACUCCCUGUCUCCGCUACAUCCUCUACCACCGUGACUCUCUCACCUCAUGCACAACAGCUUGACUUUGACUCCCUAGCUGUAUAUAACAUCACUGUCGUGACACCAGACGAAGAGGAAGAUGAAUACGACCCAUCUCAAUUCGGUGCCUCCGAUGCCUUCUUACCAGGAGGUAUCAACGAUGCCGAAACAUCAUCCACACGAGAUGAAAGCACACCUAUCCCAGGAAUGAGCGGUACGCCAUCAACCCAACCAACCACCUCGAACACCACCGUACCUCUGAAGAAAGUACCUUCCCCGCCACCACUUUCCCUCGAAAACACCCUCCUCGCCAUCACGCACGUCCCACAAAACGCCCCUCUAUCCCAGAUCCGCGACGCCAGCAUCAUGGGCUUCGUCUACGUCGCCGACGUCGACGCCGAUCGAGGCAAGAUCAGAGUCCUCGCGCCCGUGGGAGGUAGAAUCCCCGCGCGAGCGAUCAUCUGGGGCCGGAAAUGGCCCGGUGAGGUGGUAGGUCUGGUAGGAUAGAAAAGAAAAUUUUAAUCUAAUGAGAAAAUUUCUCUUUUUCUUUCUCCAAGUUACAGAAAAACAGGCCAGGAAAGGAGCUCAAGGAGAGAAUUAAAUCAAAUGGCUGCAUUAUAUGUUAUUCUGCGUUCCAAAUAAUGAUAAACUCUAUGUAAAUAAAUACAUUCACAAACUACUCGAGGGAAGCAAGUAGUGUAGUUGAGAGAUCGCGAAGAAAAGUAGGAAGAAUUUCUUUAGGAAAACAUGAAAAUGCAACAAAAGCAAAAAAUAAAAGGGAAGAGCUUAUUUCUUCGUUUUUCUG